GGGGCGCCGGGCUGCGCUGGAGACCACCUGCGCUACCCUGUUGCAGCCCGGGCUCUCGGUCUCUGGCUUCUGCCGGGCAGGGCCUGCGCCGCUGGGUCCCAGGCGGCGGGUGGGCUUUCCUGAGCUAGAAAUCGGAUGUGGGGCACUUUGGGGACGAGGCGGCCGUGUUCUGCGAAGAUGCGCGAGGCCGGUGUUGCCCCAGGACAGGACCUGGACAGACACCUGAUGCUCACCUGGUCAGGUGUGCAGCUAGCCAGCGCCCCGCCCCGGGAGGCGGGUCCGAGGCCGCCCUUCCUCUUCCUGGCAGGUGUGCGGCUCCGGCGGAGCAGCUGGGCGCGAUGAAUAACCCUAUACCUUCAAAUCUGAAGUCAGAAGCAAAGAAGGCUGCAAAAAUAUUAAGAGAAUUCACAGAAAUAACCUCAAGAAAUGGACCUGACAAGAUCAUACCUGCCCAUGUUAUUGCGAAGGCAAAAGGCCUGGCUAUCUUGUCUGUGAUCAAAGCCGGCUUCCUGGUGACGGCCCGAGGAGGCAGCGGCAUUGUCCUGGCACGCCUUCCAGAUGGAAAGUGGUCUGCACCCUCUGCCAUUGGGAUUGCUGGGCUCGGUGGGGGAUUUGAAAUAGGAAUUGAGGUCUCAGAUCUGGUGAUAAUUCUGAACUAUGACAAGGCUGUGGAGGCCUUUGCAAAGGGCGGGAACCUGACCCUCGGGGGGAACUUCACUGUGGCAGUGGGGCCCAUGGGAAGGAACCUGGAAGGCAACGUGGCUCUCAGGAGCCCAGCAGCCGUCUUCACCUACUGCAAGUCCAGGGGCCUCUUUGCUGGCAUCUCUCUGGAAGGAAGCUGCCUGAUCGAGAGGAAGGAAACCAACCGGAAAUUUUACUGUCAGGAGAUCCGUGCCUACGACAUUUUGUUUGGAGAUGUGCCACGGCCCGCUCAGGCAGAAGACCUCUAUGAAAUUCUCGAUUCCUUCACCGAAAAGUAUGAGCACGAGGGACAGCGCAUCAACAUGAGGAGAGCCGCCCGGGAGCAGCAGAAGGCUAAAGAGUUACCUCCAAAACCAGCAUCAAGACCACAGCAAUCAUCAGCACCACCCAAGCGGAACUCUGGCUCGCAAAGUAAUGCAAAUGAACAUAAGCUAUAUCCUGAGCUCUCCGGCUAUCAUGAGAGAGUUGGUGACUCUGGUCAGCCAGUAGAGGUGACAGCGCUGUAUUCUUUUGAAGGGCAGCAGCCAGGUGACCUGCCAUUUCAAGCUGGUGACAGAAUCACAGUUAUAUCAAAAACAGAGUCACACUUCGAUUGGUGGGAAGGCAAACUUCGAGGCCAAACUGGCAUUUUUCCAGCCAACUAUGUAACCAUGAGUUAAAGUUUAUAUUAUUUUCUCCUUGAAGAAUUAUA